GUACCACGGAGUGGGGUGACCCUUGUUCGCGCAUGCCCGUAGAGCUCGCUUCGACGCGGCUACGGCCGUCACCUCAGUCUACAGCUGAGAGGCUACAGGCGAUAGAUACCUCUUGAUUUUAACCCUUAACAAGCGGUUAGGACCAUAAAAUCCUAUAUUGUACAAAAAAAUGUUGGAGCCAAAAUCACUAGAACCGCACCACCGCCUCGAAAAACUUUUUAAAAACCAAACAUUGUGACGCACAAUACAAAGCUUUCGAAAUUAAUUAAUAUUUUAAAUUCAACAUUGUAACAAUUACUUUUGGAAGCGUAAUUAUUGUCGGUAUUGUAUUUAGAAUUUUGUCUAUUCUCUACUUAGGGUAUAAUAAGAUAGUUAUUAUUUUUAUAUGGAGCGAUAAAUAUUUCGAUUGUCUCCUGUUUGGAGAAAGGAUUGUUGUUACAGAAACUGUGUUGACAAAAGCGAAGCUUAUCUGUUAUAUUGAAAUAAAAAUAAUAAAAAAAUGUCGUUAAAUUAGGUGCUAUUUAGGACUCGAUCAACUCUGAUUUCCGUAACGAAUUGGAAAUGGAGCCAUACUCUGACGAUUUGCUAUGGUUGGUGAUAUGCGGUUUCGUGGUGGCUUUUAUCCUGGCGUUUGGCAUUGGCGCCAAUGACGUGGCCAACUCCUUUGGAACCAGUGUUGGCUCCAAGGUGCUGACAUUGACGCAGGCGUGUAUUCUCGCGACCAUCUUCGAGAUUGCUGGGGCAGUGUUGAUUGGCUACAAAGUGUCCGAUACAAUGCGUAAGGGCAUCCUCGACGUGAAUCUUUAUACGGAUGGCGGCGAACACCUUCUGGCGGCCGGGUGCCUUGCCGCGCUCAUUGCCAGCGCAGCUUGGCUCAUCGUGGCCACUGCCCUACGCCUGCCAGUAUCUGGCACCCACUCCGUGGUGGGCGCUACCGUGGGGUUCACUCUAACUGCCAAAGGCCCUAUUGGAGUGCGUUGGUCUACGCUUGGAGCUAUUGUGGCAUCGUGGUUCAUCUCACCUGUUCUGAGCGGGACAGUGUCAGCAGCGCUGUACUGGCUGGUGCGUCGGUUCAUCCUCCGAGCUCCCCAGCCCCUCACUGUCGGUCUUCGGGCGCUGCCAUUCUUUUACGGGGCUACCAUUGCUAUUAACGUGCUCAGCGUGGUGCAUGAUGGACCUAAAUUAUUGGGAAUGGAUAAAAUUCCACUGUGGGGAGCAUUGUUAGCAUCAGUGUCGCUGGGUGUGAUAAUCGCAGGUUUAGUGCGUGCGUUUCUAGUUCCACACUAUCGUAAGAAACUCUCAGCAACUCCAGUCAAUUUUACUUUAGGAUUAUCGAAUGAAACGACGCCAGCCAAUACUCCAACGCAUUCUAAUAAAACUAGCGUCCCUCAACGUCCAACGUCGCUGCUCUCCGAAGAUGGGAAAGUUCUAGAAGCUAUAGCAGAGAGCGCUGAAAUGGUGACCCUGAGUGAUGCCGACAGGGUUUCCAUAGGGGUCAAAGAAAUGAACUUACGAAACCGCGCUUUACUAGCCACCAUGGAUGACUGCAGUAUCUUAUCAAGGAGCUUAAGCCCACCCAACAAGUCUCGGCUGCAACUGAUUGACGCUGAUCCGCAAAUUAAUACUCUAAAGUACAUAGAUGAAACCCUUAGUUGCUGUAAAAGUUUGGACUCGUCCCAGUUGGCAGGCAUGGGCGAGAGCUACGAUUCUAGGAACGGUUUCUUUGGCGGAUCAUGCGACACUAUUGCACGUGGAGAAUUCGAUCGAUUUGCGGCUGCUAGAGUAGUUCCGACUACUGUAGAAUUCGAUACGCCUCCUCCUAGGGUGGACAAGGCUCCAGAAGGCAGCGCAUGGAGCAUCGACUGCGACGCGCGGACCACCAAGCUGCCAGCCAUAACGCCCAACUCCAGCGCGGCGCCGCUGCUACGAGCCUGCACCCCGCCGCCACCUGCGCCGGCGCCGGCGCCCCCUCCAGACACGCUGAAGCUAUUCUCGUUCCUACAAGUGCUGACGGCUACUUUCGGCGCGUUUGCACAUGGGGGCAAUGACGUCAGCAACGCGAUCGGUCCCCUCGUGGCUCUAUGGCUGCUGUACUCAGAAGGCGGCGCGCACGCCAAGGCCGAGACUCCGUUGGCCAUCCUCGUCUUCGGCGGAGUGGGCAUCGCGUUAGGCCUAUGGCUGUGGGGACGGCGCGUCAUCCGCACCGUGGGCGAAGACCUUACCAGCAUCACGCCGGAUACCGGAUUUACCAUCGAGCUGGGCGCGGCGCUGACGGUGCUUGUGGCCAGCAAGGCGGGGUUGCCGGUGUCCACCACGCACUGCAAGGUCGGCUCCGUGGUCUGCGUCGGCUACUUCUCCGAGAAGGCUGUUGACUGGAGUCUGUUCAGGAACAUAAUAUUCGCGUGGGUGGUGACGGUGCCAGCCGUGGCUGGUAUGGCGGCCCUAUCGAUGUUGGCGUUGGAAGCUUUCGCUGUUUAGUGUAAGCGGCUGUUAAUCAUUCGCAAGCAGGGUAGUACAAUUGUGUUUUGGCGCAAACGCAUUUCACGUGUUUAUUAUUUAUUUUUACAACGUUUAGCUCGGCUUUAAGUUAUCUUUACGUUGUUAAUACUUUUAAUUUUAAUUAAUUAUGUAUGUAUUAAUCGGUAUGUACGAGUAAGUUACAAGCAAAUGUGAUUAUUUUUCAUCAAAUGUUACUUAGUUAUAAUAAAUAUCCAAAGAGCCACGUACUUCACCAUCAUUACUUAAAUUAUCUCAAAGCGCUAAGGAGAAGACAUAAUAUGUAAAUUUUCGAAAUUUUGUGAUUUUAUCAGGUGGAUUUAGAAUCGAUGCCAAACUUUGUGAUUGUUUUUUGUUUAAAUGCACCACAAUAAUUGUUAACAACAACGUCAAAAUGUUAUUAAAAUAAGGAGAUAAAUGUAGGACUGAUAUUGAAUUGAAUCUCCAAGACAUUAUUUUUGAAGCAUUAUUAGGAAUUCAAUAGUCGUAUGUGAAAACUUUGCUACGUAUAAAGGUAUUAAUUAAUAUUUUCCUAUAGCAGGUACCUCCUUGUGAGUAACAUGUAACAUUCGUCGAUGAAUUGGAUUUUAAAGCUUUCAAAAUAUGCCUCCUGGUUACAGUCAUCAUAGCUUGUUACCAUCGAGUCACACGGGAGUAACAAUGUUACAAUUAAAUUGAAAAAAAAAAGUCCCAGCCAGUCACACCGUUAGAUACUUGUUAACCUGUAUUUUCUUACAGUGAGUGAGUUUAGAUAACUUAAUUAUUACGAUUUUAAAUGUAUUUUGUACAUUGUAUCUUUACAAUGAAAUUUCGUAAUAUCCUUGAUAUUUAAUGUGUGACUGGAUGGGAUUUUUUUCCCAACGAGUACAGUGUUACACCUUUGGGUGUGACUCGUUGGGAAUAAGCAACUAUGUAGGUAGUUACCAUGAAAUUAUAAUGUCAUUUUUUCAAAAAAUUACGAAAUUAUUUUGUAAGUACAAAUCUACCUUCAUGUCAUUUAUCUUUCUAUUUGCAACUAUAAUUACAUAUGUUGUUUUGGAAUAUUUAUUUAGCUUUUAUGUGAAACUGUGAUGUAGUUUAUAUUUCUGACCAAAAAUUCUUUGAAUGUGCCAUAGAAAAUGUAAUUAAGUUAAUUUAGCUCAAAAUCUGAAUUUUGGCUAUUCUAAAAUCUAAAUCACUAAGUAGGUAGGUGUUUAAGGUUUCGUCCAGACAAGUCGAUUGAUUGAUGUAAUUUCGUUGGAAGUAGUCGGUAUCAGGUAAAAUGUUCAAUGUUAACUCUAACGUGCACGUUUAAUUGGUAAAAUUCACUAAAAUGGCCUAUUAGUUAAAAUUAAUAGAAUGUGAUCUGACCUUUUAGUACUUUUUAGCGAAUAUUUUCUAUCUGGCAUAUCGACCAAAUCAAACAUAGAUUGUACCUUAGCGUUUUUAUGCUUUUAUUUAGUACCUAAGAUUGUACUUACCAGUUUAGUUUUGUACUCUACUUAUGUACCUUUUAUGUUAUUAAAGACACUAUUCAACUUAC